UAGUAGGACAUAAAAGGCAUUACACCAGCAACAUCACAGCUUUCUUGAAUUUGUCUUUGCGAUGCAUGUCGUCCAGCUGGUAUUAUUACCACAUGGUUUUUAAUACAUGCGCAGAGCGGACCCAUGAGUAAAAAGUAACUUUCAGAUCAUGUGAAACUAUUAUGUAGCACUGUUUUUUUUAAAAGUAGGAUUCACAACUAUUGGGCAAGCAAACAUUCACGUAUGCAUUCAAAUGUUUGAUCUUCCCGGCCUUUUUGCUUGGAAGCUUGUUCGAUGACAUGCACACAAACAGUACAGGAAAUUGCUUUUGGAAAAUGCCAUCCCUCCGGAACAUUCUGUGGGACAUUUCAUUUCUGUAGCUGCCGUCUCUGAAGGACUGGUCUGAAUCUGUAGCUGAAGCUAGCAGUCAGAGAAUCUGGAGUCAGAGUGCAAUUUGUUCACGCCUUUAAAGCUGAUCUAUAAACAUUUACAUUCACACACAUGUGAAGACUUAGUAUGCUGCCCUAGAAUAGAAUAUAGGGCCUUGAAAAAGUCCAAAUUGUUUCAUGGUACAAACUUUUAUGCUCAUCUAGGAGCUUAAAGCAUUGUUCAUUCUUUUUGGAAAGUAGGUCAAGCUCAGUUAGCCUGAAAAGUUUGUCUGUAAACAUCUGUUUUCCCAUUUUGCCACAGACUCUUUGUCUGGAUUUCAGUCUGCACUUUGACUAGGACAUUCUAACUCAUGGAUCUGCUUUGAUCUAAACUAUGUUAUUGCAGCCUUGGCUGUAUUUUUAGGGUCGUCAUCCUGUUGGAAGAUGAUUCACCGUUUCACUCUCAAGUGUUUUGCAGCCUCUAACCAGUUUUCUUCCAGGAUCCUUCAGGAUUUUGCUCCAUCCAUCUUCCCAUCAUCUUUCACCAGCUUUACUGCCCCACACCAUGAUGCUGCCACCACCGUAUUUCUCCAUCACCAUCAUAUGUACCUGGUGACACGGAGUGUUACUUUUUCUCUACAUUUAGGGUUUAAUUUAAUUUUGACCUCAUCGCACCGGGGGACCAUUCAUUGUUUUCUUUAAUUUAUUUGUAUUUUUACAGGCACAGUACAACUAAACAUUAUUACCAAAAGGCAACUGAUGCGGGAUACACAGGGCUUCUAGCCAACCCUAAUCCUAGGCUAAGUUAAAACCUAGGAUCAAGAAACAAAAUCAAAAAUUAAGCAGCGGCCGCUGAAGGCAAACGGUUGCACUGGGUUUUAUUUAAGGGUAUCAGAAUUUUUAUUCAUGUCAUACAUUUGAGAUUUCUUCACUUGUAGAUCAAUAUUAAAGCCACUUAUCUUUUUCCUACAACUUAACAAUUAUGCACUACUAUAUAUUGGACUAUCACAUAAAAUCUUAAUAAAAACACACUAGCUUUUAUAGUUUUAACAUAGCAAAAAUAAAAAAAUUAAACAUUGAAGCGGUAUUAAUAUGUUCACAAAGCACUGCAUGUGCUGAAACCAAGCAAGACAGUGUUUCUCUGAAACGAUUUUCACUCUUAAGCCCGAAAAAUGUAUUACUAAACAGUGAUAAUUUGGGUUCAGUGUUUUACUCGUUGCCUGCUCUGUGACAUUACACCCUGUUUGCUCAGCAAGCUUAUUAUAAAAAAGUCUUGGUCUGACUGUAUUCUGUUUAUUUUUGUAUUUAAAUGUCAGUUGUGAAAAUGAAAGCUAAUGAACGUAGUUUUUUAGAUCAUGUUCGUGUCCAAGAUGCCUCAGCAAGCAUCAUUCCAUCGUUGGCUUUUAUUUUCUCUCUAUUGGACUUCUUUCAGUCAUUAAUGAGCAAAGACAACAUCAUGUAUGCAACGUGAAGAACUCAGUAAGGAUUUUUCUUAAAGUAGCUUUUAGUUAAAUGUUCACUGUAACCGCUGCACACACCGUCAACAGUCCCAGCUAUUGUUAUCUAACUGGAGGACUUUUCUGGAAGUUGCCACAGCAAAGACAUGUCCCAAACACAAUGUAAUGCUUUAUGCGUAAACUCUGUAUAGAAAGAUUGUUUAUUUUAUCAAAAUAUUUUUACUGUGUAAAAUCGAAUUAAGGCAAUAAAGAUUUGAAAUUAUAUUUAAAGAUUUUAUUGUUGUUGUACUUCUUGGAAAAUAACAUUUCGCACGGUCAUCUCUAGGCUGACGUCUCGGGGCAUAAUAAAAGGGAUGUGAUCCUUACUGGGUUCAAAAAUGACUGUAAUCUAAAUCUAACGCGUGCACUAAGUGUACAAAAAUGAACCACAGAUUCUACACUUGUGUCUUAAACAGAGGUGAAACCAAAAGGGGAAGCUUUGCUGUGAAAAAUACUCAGUACGUCCAUGCAAUUUCAAUAGGAUCUAAGACAGAAAGUAUCAGGCUGGUAUUGCUAAUUAUAAGCAGUGGAUAAAACACUCCUCAUAUGUGAGUCUCCUCUAUAAAAGCAGUAGUUUCAGCAGUUUGGGGUUGUGGAGUAAACAGGAGUGUUUUAACACAAUGCCAAAAGCUCUAUGAAGUCAGAAAUAAGGAGAUGCAAGUCAUCAGAUUGGCAGUGAACUUCUCUUUAAACCAAAGCCUUUUUCCCGUUAAAUGUGAUAAGCUUUGUCUAAUAACGGGAACUUUGGUCAAACUAACUUACUUGUUUCAAAGAAGAGAACAGAAAUAAAAAGAAAUGGUGUUGGGUUUAGUCAGGAAAUAUCAGGAAAACUUUGACCACAGGUAAUUCUAGAUCCUCCUAACUUGGUAAUAAUCCACUUUAUACAAUGUCAGGAAAACGUGAUUGGAGUGGAACCCCACCAAACUGUGCAAGGUAGAAAAAAAAAUAGAUUUAUGUAAGGAAAAGUUUUUAAUGCACAUAUCUAUAUUUGCUCUUGUUAUUUAGAACUAACAUUCACUUAAUGAAAUGUACGUUUUUCAAAGGCCAUUUAAAACCACUGGACUUGAUCUGUCUUGUUAUCGACUGUGAAGAUGCGCCCCCUGCUGCCGCUCCCGUUGUACUGCAAAGAGUUUCAGCUACUGUCCAAGGUCAAGAUCUUGACAGUAUUCUUCCCUUUUAUUGGUGUGAUUUUGCUGCUGAAUCGCAGAAAGCUGCACAGUUUGUCGUCCCCCACCUGCCUGCGCCCUGAAAGAUUUCCUCUGUCAUCCUUUUAACCGGCUCAGCCUCUUUAAUCCUGAGCUGUCCAACGCCUGCACAUGGGCGCGCCUAUCUAUCUGCAACUCUCAUCGUUAUGCGCCAGCGUCUACAAGCAAUUGUGUUUUUUUUUUAAAUCCGAUUUACUUUCCGCAAAAAGUUGCCGAAGAGUUUAAUUGGAUUUUUCUUUAUUAUUCUUAUUUUGGGAUUGCAAGCUGGCGCAGCGCAGAACGGGGAUUUGCGGCUCUGAAAAACGCGCAUGUAAAAUGAGAGGGAUUUUUUUUCAACCCGUUUAAGGUUUUCUUUCUUAAACACACAUUUAAAAAAAGAAACAAAUCCCCAACUGGGUUCAGGAUUUAUAUCUGUGAUCCUUUACGCAUCACAGAUAUCCUAAAGAGUUGAUGGUGCGCUAUUUUAGGUGACUGCUUGCUGCGAAGCUGCGGAAAUGGACGGCGCAAAGAAAGAUGCCCCACCAGUGGGGGAUGUGGGCAAAUCAGACACCCUCGGUUCCACUGGCUCAGCCAGGAAACGGGGAGGGGGGGCCAAGAAGGCGAUGCAGGCCAACAAGUCUGCCCUCAGGGCCCCCCGAGCCCUCUGCUGCCUCACUUUGAGCAACCCCAUCCGCAUGGCAGCACUGGCCCUGGUGGAGUGGAAGCCUUUUGAUAUCUUCAUUCUUCUAGCUAUUUUUGCCAACUGUGUGGCCAUGGGGGUCACCAAGCCAUAUCCAGACGAUGACUCCAACCCGACCAACCACCAACUUGAACAAGUUGAAUAUGUCUUCCUCGUCAUUUUCACAAUCGAAACCUUCACCAAGAUCCUUGCCUAUGGCUUGGUCAUGCACCCCAGCGCGUACAUACGCAGCGGCUGGAACCUGCUGGAUUUCGUUAUUGUCAUUGUCGGGUUGUUCAGUGUGAUAGCGGAGGGCAUGACGGAUCACAAGCCAGGAGAGGCCCACCAUGCUGCAGGAAAACCUGGAGGCCUGGAUGUGAAAGCUCUCAGAGCUUUCAGGGUGCUGCGACCUCUUAGGCUUGUAUCUGGCGUGCCGAGUUUACAGAUUGUGUUGAACUCCAUCAUGAAGGCCAUGGUCCCACUGCUCCACAUCGGCAUGCUCGUCAUGUUUGUCAUCAUAAUCUACGCCAUCGUCGGUUUGGAGCUUUUCCUCGGCAGGAUGCACAAGACGUGCUUCGACACCAGCACAGGUCUCAUGGUGGAGGACGAUCCGUCGCCGUGUGCUUUUGCAGGGGUCGGCCGUUUCUGUGUCACCAAUGGGACUGAAUGCAAGGGGAAGUGGGAGGGUCCUAACGGCGGCAUCACGAACUUUGACAACAUUUUCUUUGCCAUGCUCACAGUCUUCCAGUGCAUCACUAUGGAGGGUUGGACAGAUGUGCUCUACUGGAUGAACGAUGCCAUUGGCUACGACAUUCCAUGGGUUUACUUUGUUUCUUUGGUCAUCUUUGGGUCGUUUUUUAUCAUCAACCUCGUUUUGGGUGUAUUGAGCGGAGAGUUCUCUAAAGAAAGAGAGAAAGCCGUCGCACGUGGAGAGCUGCAGAAAGCUCAGGAGAGCAAGCAGAUGGAGGAGGACAUGAUCGGCUACAUGGACUGGCUCAUAGAAGCCGAGGAUGUGGACGAAGAAGGAAACAAACGUGCCGCAAUCGCAAAGAAGAAGAUGAUGAAGAAGUUUGGUUGGUACAAACACAGCGAGGACGGAGGAGAGUCAGACUCGGAUGAUGACAUCGCAUACCUCGACGACGACAGUGGCUUCUGUGCUUCACUCAUGGCGAAGAUGAUGGCCAAUAGCUUCUGCGACCAGUUGUGCCAGCUGAACCACACCAUGAGAAAGAACUGCCGCGUUGCAGUGAAGACCACAAACUUCUACUGGCUGGUGCUGCUGCUGGUGUUCCUCAACACGGUGGCCAGCGCCUCGGAGCAUUACGGACAGCCCAAGUGGCUCACAGAAAUGCAGGAGCGAGCCAAUAAGGUCCUGCUGCUGCUCUUCACCUUGGAGAUGUUGAUGAAGAUGUACGCCUUCGGCCUUCAGAUCUACUUCAUGGCCCUGUUCAACCGCUUCGACUGCUUCGUGGUGUGCGGCGGCAUUCUGGAGACGCUGCUGGUGGAGAUGGAUGUCAUCCCGCCCAUCGGCAUCUCCGUGCUGCGCUGCAUCCGGCUGCUCAGGAUUUUCAAAAUGACCCGGCACUGGGCCGCGCUCUCCGAUCUGGUCACCUCACUGCUCAACUCCAUGAAAGCUAUCUGCUCCCUUCUGCUCCUGCUCUUCCUCUUCCUCAUCAUCUUUGCCUUGCUGGGGAUGCAGUUGUUUGGAGGGAAGUUCAACUUCGAUGAGACUCAGAUGAAGAGAAGCACCUUUGACUCCUUCCCCCAGGCCCUGUUAACAUGUUUCCAGAUUCUCACCGGAGAGGACUGGAACGCCGUGAUGUACGACGGCAUCAUGGCGUACGGAGGGCCGAUCUUCCCUAACAUGGUGGUUUGCAUUUACUUUGUCAUCCUCUUUGUCUGCGGUAACUACAUCUUGCUGAACGUCUUCUUGGCUAUCGCCGUGGAUAACCUGGCAGGGGGUGGUGGAAAGACAAAAGUAGAGGAGAAAAAGGAAGAAGAAGAGGAGUGGGAUGAGGAUACAGAGAAAGAGGAAGAAGACGCAGGGAACGAAGAGGAUGACUGGCAGGAAAACGAGGAGCUGAGGGUCAUUGAGGGUCUGGAGGGCGUUGCCCCAUUGAAGCCGGAGUUCUCCGGCCCCAAAGAGAAGAUUGUGCCAAUACCCGACGGCAGCUCCUUCUUCAUUCUCGGGAAGAAAAACUGCCUACGAGUCGCCUGCCACAACCUCAUCCACCACCCCUACUUCACCAACUUCAUCCUCAUCUUCAUCAUCCUCAGCAGCAUCUCGCUGGCUGCUGAGGAUCCCAUCAAAUCCCACUCAUUCAGGAACAUCGUGCUCGGAUACGCCGAUUACGUCUUCACUUCGGUCUUCACGGUGGAGAUCGUCCUGAAGAUGACUGUUUACGGAGCUUUUCUUCACACCGGCUCCUUCUGCAGAAACGCCUUUAACCUCCUCGACCUGCUGGUUGUCAGCGUGUCGCUCACAUCUUUCUUCUUGCAUUCGAGCGCAAUCUCCGUGGUAAAGAUCCUCAGAGUUCUCCGAGUGCUCAGGCCUCUUCGAGCCAUUAACAGAGCCAAAGGACUGAAGAAUGUGGUGCAGUGUGUCUUCGUGGCGAUUCGCACCAUCGGCAACAUCCUGAUUGUCACGACUCUCCUUCAGUUCAUGUUUGCUUGUAUUGGGGUUCAGCUUUUUAAGGGCAGAUUCUACAGUUGCACAGACGAAGCCAAACACACUCCAGACGAGUGCAAGGGAACGUUUGUGGUGUAUAAAGAUGGGGACAUGAACCACCCCAUGGUCAAAGAGAGAAUCUGGGAAAACAGUGACUUCAACUUUGACAAUGUGCUGAUGGGAAUGUUGGCUUUGUUCACUGUAUCGACGUUUGAAGGUUGGCCUCAGCUCCUGUACCGCGCAGUGGACGCCAAUGCCAUCAACCGAGGCCCUAUUUACAACUACAGAGUCGAGAUCUCCAUCUUUUUCAUCAUCUACAUCAUCAUAAUCGCUUUCUUCAUGAUGAACAUAUUCGUGGGCUUUGUCAUCAUCACUUUUCGAGAGCAAGGAGAGGCUGAGUUCAAGAACUGUGAACUGAACAAGAAUCAGAGGCAGUGUGUGUACUAUACCCUGAAAGCUCAGCCAAUAAAGAUUUACAUCCCUAAAAACCCAUCCCAGCUGAAAUUCUGGAGAAUCAUCAACUCCAGCCAGUUUGAAUACGUCAUGUUUGUGCUGAUUUUGGGAAACACCCUCACUCUGGCUAUUCAGCAUUAUGAGCAGUCGAAAUUAUUCACCUCCGUCAUGGACAUCCUAAACAUGAUCUUCACCGUGGUUUUCACGAUAGAGAUGAUCAUCAAGCUGAUGGCUCUGCGCGCUCAUCAUUAUUUCAUCGAUCCCUGGAAUUCAUUCGACGCGCUGAUCGUUGUGGGCAGCGUCUUGGACAUCGUGGUGUCUGAGUUUAGUGGAGGAGGCGGCCAUGGAGAGGGUGGUGGGAAAGGAGAACACGGAAAGGUGUCCAUCACGUUCUUCCGCUUGUUCCGAGUGUUGAGGUUGGUUAAGCUGCUCAGCAAAGGAGAGGGCAUUCGAACUCUUCUCUGGACUUUUGUCAAAUCCCUGCAGGCCUUGCCUUACGUUGGCCUCCUCAUUGCUAUGAUCUUCUUCAUCUACGCUGUGAUUGGCAUGCAGAUGUUUGGGAAAAUAGCUGUCGAUGACGACACCGACAUCAACAGAAACUGCAACUUCCAGACGUUCUUCAUGGCAGUUCUGGUCCUUUUUAGGUGCGCUACCGGAGAGCAGUGGCAGCAGAUCAUGCUGGGCGCCCUGCCCGGCAGACGCUGUGACCCAGAGGCCGACGUUGAGCCCGGUGAAGAGUUCACCUGCGGGAGUAACUUGGCUUACCUGUACUUCAUCAGCUUCUUCAUGCUCUGCGCUUACCUGAUCAUCAACUUGUUCAUUGCUGUCAUCAUGGACAACUUCGAGUAUCUGACAAGAGACUGGACAGUGUUGGGGACCCACCACCUGGACGAGUUUAAGAGAGUUUGGUCCGACUACGACCCAGAAGCCACAGGUCGCAUCAAGCACAUCGACGUUGUCACUAUGCUGCGCAGGAUUCAGCCGCCUCUUGGCUUUGGAAAGCUGUGCCCUCAUCGUGUUGCUUGCAAAAGACUGGUGGCUAUGAACGUGCCCCUCCACUCUGAUGGGACUGUCACUUUCAACGCCACUCUCUUUGCUCUUGUCCGAACUUCUCUGAAGAUCAAGACUGAAGGCCCUGUUGAUCAGCAGAAUGAGGAGCUAAAGAUUAUCAUUAAGAAGCUGUGGAAGCACACCAAGCCUAAACUCAUUGAUGAAAUCAUUCCGCCCCCUAGAGGGGAUGAAGUGACUUGCGGAAAGGUUUAUGCCAGUUUCCUGAUUCAAGACUACUUUAAAAAGUUCAGAAAGAGGAAAGAGAGGGAAAGAAAAUCCAAAAAGAAGGACAAGGCUGCUGCACUGCAGCAAGGGUUGCGGACGCUACAGGACCUGGCUCCAGAGAUGCGUCUGGCGAUGGCCUGUGACCUAGACGAAGAAGAGGCCACAGAGGGAGAGAUGACGGGCGAUGAGCUGUUUGACAGCGAGCACGGGACGUCUGCGAACCCCACGCCUGCCAGCACUCCGAUGCCGCCCCUGGACAUGCUGGUGGAGCAAACGGCUGUGAUCGUCGAACCCACGCAUAGGGUCCCCAAUGGGGACGUGAUCACCAAGCAGGUGGAGGCCUUGCAGGAGCACCUGAGGCCAGGAUCAGAGCUGGCGGGUGUCAGAGUUGUUACAGAGCAGCCUGGAAGGUCUGAACCCCUUCCGAUCAGCGAAUCGCCUCUUCCCCCUCCUCCUCCACCAGAGAUAUCAAACGGAGAAGACUUUCUCCUCAGUGAUGCACUUGUUCCGCCUCAAAGUGGACCGGCUGAGCAAUUUUACAGCAGUGAGGCAUAUGAUGCAAGUUUAGCCUCAGUUGAAAGGUUUCAGUAUCCAGAUGCAGUCUCUCCUGUUCCAACUGAGACAGGAGCCAAUGGUCAGAGUUUGGACAGAGCCAACAGCUUCGUGGAAAUACCUUAUGGAGCUCAUGACCCCAAUGGCUUCCUCAACAACGUUUACAGUGAAAACAACAUGAAUGGAGGAAGCACCGCUGUCAGCCCCACCCCCUAUGACACAAAUGGAUACAACGAUAAUGGUUAUGCAGGCUACAAUGAGAAUGGCAGCACCGUUAGCGGUUACAAUGGGAACGGCUACAAUGGGAAUGGUUACAAUGGGAACGACUACAAUGGGAACGGCAACAAUGGGAAUGGCUACAAUGGUAAUGGCUACAAUGGAAAUGAGAACAAUGGAGCCCAGUUUGUCCGGAGACGGCUACUUCCUGCCAUACCAAAAGGUCGGAAGCCUGCAUUUAACUUCCAGUGUCUAAAGCCUCAGGCCAGCGUGGAUGACCUCCCGAUUCCCGGAAACUAUCAUGGGAACACAUCUCCAACCAGAUCCCGCCUACAGAACCAGCACAGCCUGGACUCACGGCCCAGCAGCGUGUCCUCCAUGUCGUCCGCCUCCUGGGCCAACACAGCAGCUGCUGGUGCCACUCCCCUUCCAGGAAUAAUUGCCCCCACAGGGCGCCGGGGCAAGCUCAUCUACACCCCCAUGAUUCUGGUGGAUGAAGAAAGCGGUGCCAGUCAGCCGCUCUGGUGUGACGGCUCUGCCAGUCUCCCUGCGGGAAAACGUCCGGGCUGGUACCCUGGUCAGACCAGGACCUUCACCAGCGUGAGGAUGCCAACCUCUCUCAACCAGGGUAUCAUAGAUAGAGGCAGUGCAGACAGUCUGGUCGAAUCGAUUUUGAUCUCCGAGGGCCUGGGCAUCUACGCCAGGGAUCCAAAGUUUGUAAGCUUUGCCAAGCGGGAGAUUGCCGAAGCGUGUCACAUGAGCCUGGACGAAAUGGAGAACGCGGCAGCUGACCUGAUAGCGCGAGGAGCCAGUCACCUGUCCCGGGUUGAGGACGAACUGGCCGACGAAAUGAACUGCGUGAUUUCUUACUGAGAUCCGCAAAGCCAAAAUACAGUAAGGACGUGAAGUCUUGAGCCAAUAUUUUAUAAGCGUGUGUUUGUAUUUCAGUUAUUUCAAAUAAAAACAUCACGCGAGAGAGGUGUUUUUGUAGUUUUCAUACAUCCUGUUGGGUAUGAAAUACUUUUGUUUGUGAAUGCCAAAACAUGCACACAUGCUGAUUUUAAAGAGCACACUUACGUAUGUGGCAGCACUCGCUCUGAUGUGGCUCAGGAAGUUUUUUUUAUAUUUGCACGGGAGCCUGCUCAGUAUGAAGUCAAUGUCGGACUUUUAAACCCUUAUAACAGAGGGUUGUAUUUGAAUUUUAUUUGCAUUGUACAUAAGUUAUCACUUUAUACGUCGGUGAGCUCAGCUGCAGUCAUCUUAGAUAAUCUGCUGGACUGUUAUAUGGAAAACCAUAAAACAUCAACCACACAGAUGAUAACAUUUGAAUGCAUUAGCUGUUUCAGAGAAAUAUUUGAUGAAACUCAAUGUCCUCUAAGAUGCAUAAUACAGCGUAUUUUUUGAUUAUUGUGACUGUUCAAUCGGAUGGCUUUACAGGCUGCGCAAAUAAAGUAUGUUUUUUUCUCAAA